ACGUAUGUUAUGUUGAAGCUACAAGGGCAGGGCUUCGUUCCUUCUUUUGAAUUUUUUUCCGCUGCCCUUUGAACGUCCCAUAGUGCUUUGCGUCAGUUUGUAACGCAUUUAGUUUGACGGCAGAGUUUAGGCGCCAUUUACAAGUAAAGCUUUUCGAGCCACCCUUAUUCGAAUCUCAUCUUUGCUUAUCGCUCCUAAAAGCAAGCAGAAGAACAUUUUUGAGCGCGAGUGUUUGACGGAAUGCUACGCCGUUAAAUAUUAUAGAUUAUUGUCACGAGCAUUUGGAACAACAUACUUUUACUCCUCGACAUUUGUACAAGAAGACUUCGGAAAACCCUCUGGUCAUCGUAGAAGAUUUAAAAUCAUGCCGUCUAAAACUGCGAAAAGCUCCACUGCCUCUGCCAAGCCGAGAGGGAAAGGGUCGCAGCCUCGGGAUGACUCCGAAGACGAGCUGGAUGUACCCCCUCCACAAACCAACGCCAAUGGCCAAGAGGAGGCACCGACAACUGACCCGUCUCAGGGGGAGCCUGUCGAGGCGAUUGACAAUCGGAGUUUGGAGGAGAUUCUCGGUAGCAUCCCUCCACCCCCGCCCCCAGCAAUGACCAAUGAACCUGGCGUUCCUCGGCUCAUGAUAACACAUUUAGUCAAUCGCAACUUUAAGUCUUAUGCAGGGGAGCAGAUACUGGGACCUUUUCACAAGCGUUUUUCCUGCAUCAUUGGCCCAAAUGGGAGUGGCAAGUCCAAUGUGAUAGACUCCAUGCUCUUUGUGUUCGGAUAUAGAGCUCAAAAGAUCCGAUGCAAAAAGAUGUCAGUGCUGAUUCACAGCUCUGACGAACACAAAGAUGUCCAAAGCUGCACUGUGGAGGUGCACUUCCAAAAGAUUAUUGAUAAGGAAGGAGAUGACUACGAAGUCAUCCCCAACAGCAAGUUCUAUGUUUCCAGGACUGCCAACAAAGAUAAUUCUUCCUCCUAUUAUAUUAAUGGAAAAAAGGCCACAUUUAAAGAUGUGGGCGUAUUACUUCGAAGUCAUGGUAUUGACCUAGACCACAACAGAUUUUUGAUCUUACAGGGUGAGGUGGAACAGAUUGCCAUGAUGAAGCCAAAAGGACAGACAGAGCAUGAUGAGGGUAUGCUUGAGUACCUGGAGGACAUUAUUGGCUCUUGUCGACUUAAGGAGCCCAUCCAGGUCCUUUCUCGUCGCAUUGAACUGCUGAAUGAGCAGAGGGGAGAGAAGCUUAAUCGAGUGAAGCUGGUAGAAAAGGAGAAGAAUGCUUUGGAAGGGGAAAAGAACAAGGCAGUUGAGUUCCUUACGUUGGAGAAUGACAUAUUCAAACUCAAGAGCCAGCUUUGCCAGUACUAUGUAAAUGACCUGGAAAAGCGUGUGGUGGAUAAAGAGCAAGAAAAAGUAAAGAUUAAAGAAGAUACAAAGGAGCUCACAGAGAAAAAUGCAAAGAUAUCACAAGAGAUUGAAAAAAUGAAUCAAGAGCUUAAGGAUGUUGAAAAAAAACAAAAUAAGCUUGACAAGUACAUUGAGGCUCAAAAGAAGAAGUUCACCCAGCUAGAUCUUCAGGAUGUAGAAGUUCGUGAAAAAAUUAAACACUCCAAAAGUAAAAACAAAAAACUACAGAAGCAGUUGGAGAAAGACAGAGAAAAGCUGGAGGAAGUGUGUAAAGUACGAGCCAACAGUGAAAAGGCCAUCCCUGAAGCAGCUGCUUGUAAAGAGGAGCUAGAGAAGCAGAAGGUGAAAGAAGAGGAAAAACUAAAGGAGGUGAUGGAGAAUCUGAAAGAAGAAACCAGUGGUUUGCUUCAAGACAAAGAGUCGAAAGAAAAGGAACUUAUGGAACUCAACAAGGCUGUGAAUGAGACCCGUUCUCGCAUGGACCUGUCUCAGUCAGAGCUGGAUAUUUAUCUGAGCCGCCACAACACUGCUGUGACAAAGCUGAAUACUGCAAAGCAGACCCUCCAGACCACCUCUGACACACUGCAUGAGAGACGUACGGCCAUCAAAGAUCUGGAAGUGAAAAUACCACAGAUGGAAGAGGCUCUUAAAAAGGAUGAAGCUGAGUUGGAGCAGCUGGUGAAGGUCGAUAAUGAGACUCGAGAGUGUGUCCGGGAAAUGCGACAGAAAGUUGAUGAGGCUAAGAGCUCCCUGUCCUCAAACCGCAGUCGUGGUAAAGUCCUGGAUGCUCUUAUGCAGCAGAAAAGGAGUGGAAAAAUCCCUGGCAUCCUGGGCAGACUGGGUGACCUCGGUGCCAUUGAGGAGAAGUACGAUGUGGCCAUCUCAUCCAGCUGUGGUGCUCUGGACAAUAUUGUUGUUGACACUAUUGAUACUGCUCAAAAAUGUGUCACAUUUCUCAAGGAACAAGACAUUGGAGUGGCUACUUUCAUUGGGCUUGACAAGAUGAAAGUGUGGGAGAAGAACAUGGUUCCUAUUAGAACACCAGAGGACAGCCCUCGGCUCUUUGACAUGGUACGAGUAAAGGACGAGAGUGUGCGGCCAGCCUUUUAUUUUGCCCUUCGGGACACGCUUGUUGCCAACGAUAUGGAACAGGCCACUCGAAUGGCCUUCCAGAAGGACAGGCGCUGGAGAGUGGUUACUCUCAGGGGACAAGUCAUUGAAAUGGCUGGCACUAUGACUGGAGGAGGAAGAGUAAUGAAGGGGCGAAUGGGUUCUUCUCUCAGUGCCGAGGUCUCUCAGGAAGAGCUCAACCGAAUGGAAACCAAGCUGAAUGAAAAGGUGACCAAGCUCCAGGGCUGUCAGGAGAGAGCACUGCAACUGGAGGAGAGCAUCCAACGCUUUAGGCCAGAGCUCCGCGACAUGAAGAACACUUUGGAGAAAUAUACCCACAGUCUAACUAGUCUAGCAGGUCAUGAAACUCAUCUAAAACUUCAGAUUAAAGAACUUGAGGCCAGUGUGGUAGCUGCUGCUCCUGACAAAACCAAACAAAAGCAGCUGGAGAAGAGCCUGGAGGCUUUCAAAAAAGAUUUUGAGGCUGCAUCCAGUAAAGCUGGAAAGGUAGCUGCUGAAGUGAAACGGCUCCAUAAUUUGAUUGUGGAAAUCAAUAGUCACAAGCUGAAGGCUCAACAGGACAAACUCACCAAAGUCAACAAUGAGCUGGAUGAAUGCUCCUCCGUCAUCACAAAAGCCCAAGUGGCCAUUAAGACGGCCAAUCGUAAUUUAAAGAAGUGUGAGGAGAGUGAGAGUCGUGUACAGAAGGAGCUGGAGGAGAAUGCAAAAUACAUGACAGAGUUGUCUGAGAAGCUCAAGAAAUUGGAGGAUGAGGCUGGAGAAGUAAUGAAGGACUGCCAGGACGCUGAGGCAGCACUCCCUGAGGUGCAGGAGCAGUUCCAGGCCAUAGUGAAACAGAUAAAGGCCUUACAGCAGCAAGAGCAUGCACUGCAGGAGGAGUCUCUGAGCGUUCGCCUUCGCAUUGAGCAAAUUGAGACCAGCAUCACUGAGCAAAACAAGAAGAUUAAGCACUGGCAGAAAGAGGCAUCCAAGCUGUCUCUUCAUUCAAUUGAGGACAAACCAGCAGAGGAGCUUCAAACGUUUACUCCUGAAGAGCUAGAAAAAAUUUCCAACCCAAAUGGCAUCAUUAACAAAAUGGCUACAUUAGAAACGCAGUGUGCUCAGAUGAAACCAAAUCUGGGGGCCAUUGCAGAGUAUAAGAAGAAGGAGGAACUGUACCUACAGCGUGUGGCCCAGCUUGAUGAAAUCACUGCAGAAAGGGACAACUUUAAACGUGGCUAUGAGGAUUUGCGCAAGCAGCGUCUCAAUGAAUUUAUGACUGGAUUCAACCUGAUUACUAACAAGUUAAAGGAAAAUUACCAAAUGCUCACACUAGGAGGCGACGCCGAGCUGGAGCUCGUGGACAGUUUGGACCCGUUUUCAGAGGGAAUCAUGUUUAGUGUCCGUCCACCAAAGAAGAGUUGGAAAAAAAUAUUUAACUUGUCUGGAGGAGAGAAGACCCUGAGCUCGCUGGCAUUAGUGUUUGCUCUUCACCACUACAAGCCUACUCCACUUUACUUCAUGGAUGAGAUUGAUGCUGCUCUGGACUUCAAAAAUGUCUCCAUUGUGGCCCGGUACAUUUAUGAACAAACCAAGAAUGCUCAGUUCAUUAUAAUCUCUCUGAGGAACAACAUGUUUGAGAUUGCAGACCGCCUCAUAGGCAUUUACAAAACCCACAACACCACCAAGGGUGUGGCCAUUAACCCCAAGACCAUUAUGUUCCAAGAAGUUGCUUAAAU